AUGAAUUUUCUUGCCGCGACUCUGUUCGCUGGUAUUGUUAGUAUCACGCUAGCGUUCGACCAGGAAUGCAUCGGUAAGCGAAAUGGCGCCACGUUUCCGGAUGAAUACAGUUGCAGCCGGUACCGGAUCUGCCUGGGCGGAUACAUCUCAUCGGGUGAGUGCGAGCCGGGCCUGUUUUGGGACAACUUCCGUCGGCUGUGCUUGCCAGCGGACCUGGUGUCCUGCACUGCCAAGCUGCCCGUAGUACCGACCACGGCCGCACCCGCACCGAGAGAUGAAAUCAUUCUUGACGAGAACGGGCACCCGGAUUUCCAGGCCGAAGAGUACACCUGUCCCAGCCAGGGUGUACUGAGCAUUCCGCACAAACGAAGCUGCUCACAGUAUGUGCUGUGCUUCGACGGAACCCCCGUGCUGCAGCGGUGCGCCCCUGGUUUGCACUUCAACCCAGCACAGGGAACUUGCACCGUCCCCGAACUGGCCCACUGUGAUCUGCAGGAGCGCGUCUGCCCGGAGAGGGACGAUCCACAGAAGCUGAUUUUUGUUGCCGAUCGCUUCGACUGCUCAAAGUACUUCUAUUGCUACAAUGGAAAGUUUCACCCUCAUAGCUGCGCCCCGGGACUGCACUGGGAUCCGCUCAACAACUGGUGUACAACGAUCGCCGAGUCAAACUGUCAGAACUUUACGCCAUACACCGAGGUGAACGAGCCAACGCUGGUGCCGAAGAAGGUCCACUGCCAGGACGAUCUGGCGCGCUGGGUAAAGCAUCCGCGAAGCGAGCGACACUACUAUCUGUGCUACAAAGGGAAGUCGCUGCUGAAACGCUGUGAUGACGGUCUGAUCUGGGACGCGGCGACACACUCGUGCAAUUUAACCACAACCGAAAGUGCAACGCCAACGUCCGUCGUCGUGUCUGCCACACCGGCCAUGUCUUCUACUACCGCGUCUACGACUCCAAAAGAAACCACAUCUGGAACCACGUUCACUCCGAUACCAACGCCACCAGAGAUCGGCACAACAACGGAAGGCACAGCAGUGAAUCCGGAAGCCAUCUGCCUCGAAUCUGAUCCCAACCGACCUCGUUUCGUUAGAAGCUCUACCAAUUGCUCUCAAUACUACAUUUGUGUUAAUCGCAUGCCAAUUCUACAUGCCUGUGUCGAUGGCAAAUAUUGGAACGACGAACACCUCUAUUGUGACGACCCUCGGAGGGUGCCCUGUGUCCAGGAUGCUACCGUGACUCCGGUCCAGUUGUGUCAGCAGGCAUCAGCGACCGACGUACUAUUCACAGGCAGCCCGGCCAGUUGCGACGAGUACUACAUAUGCAUCCAGCAGAAACCCUUCCUGAUGCACUGUGCACCGGGAACCCAUUGGAAUGAUGAUGCCAAGCAGUGUGCCCCUCCGGACGUAGCCAACUGCAAGGACUUCAACCCACAGGAAAUUUGUCAAGGAAAGCCCGACGAAACGAUGGUACUCAGCCCGUUGUCCUGUGAUCAGUUCCUGAUUUGCCAAAACGGGAUGCCGGCCGAUAUUGGUCAGUGUCCGACCGGCAUGCUGUUCAAUGCGGCCGACGAAAUUUGCGACUUUCCCGAUAAAGUCGAUUGCGGAUCGGUUUCUCUGCCGCCGUGGUUUGAAGAUCUCACGACGACGAUGACUACAUCGGCAACGACCGCCGGCACCGGAACGACAGCUUCACCGGCUGCUUCUUGUCCACCGGUAGAUGAUCCGCUGCAACCCAUCUAUCUGCCAGUACCGACCGACUGCUCUUCGUACGUCCUGUGCUAUCAUGGCAAUCCGAUCGCGAUGAAGUGCCCAACGGGGCUGCAGUGGAGCAAGGCGACCAUGACGUGCGACAGUCCAGAGAAUGCCAAGUGUCAGGCAAUCUUCGAGAAUCCCUACGGCUGUCCGUUGGAGGGAAGCAGCAUUCUGCCACAUCCGGAAAAAUGCGAAAGGUACAUCUUCUGUCUGCACGGAAUAUCACGCGUGCAGACUCGAGAGACGUCCACGUGUAUACUGGAUCAACCGGGAGAAGUCCCACCAACAGCUCCUCCUAGUAUGGAUGCUUUUGUCGCUUGCUUUGGUAAUGUAGGAACCAACAAAAGGCCGCAUCCAACAGACUGCAGCCUAUAUUAUCUGUGCGUCAACGAAGAAGGGUUCCAGCGUGAAUGUGCACCAACCCUAGUGUUUGACCUCAACAUCAUGGAUUGCAAUCGGCCAGAGAUAUCGAUAUGCGUGGAGAACGUGUCUACACCACCGACUCCUGGACCUACUCAAGAGAUGACAACUACAUCGUUUGAAACUCCACCGACUGCAACUCUUCCGACUACAACUACUUCGAUUAUACCGACUGCAUCUACACCGCCACCCACACCGGCUCCAGUCCCAGUGCCCAGUCCAACUCCAGUGCCAAUUCCAACACCUUCGCCAGGCAAUCCACCAUUUUGUCCUCCGAAUGAGGUGUUCUAUUAUCCCCAUCCCGACUGCUCCAUGUUCUACCGCUGCGUCUGGGGCGUGGUGCACGUCCUCGAGUGUCCACCGAAUCAGUUCUGGAACCAAGAACGUGAAAUGUGUGACCAUCCGUUUAACGUGGACUGCCCGGCAGUUGCGGGAUAA